UCUCUCGAUCUAUCUUUACAUCUUUAGGUAACUCUCUUUUUCUGCUCUCCAUCUCUCAAUGGUCCGACAAAACUUUUCCUUUUUCCAUCCACGACCACAUUCACUUCAUUAAUAAAAAAAUUUAUAACUCAAAUAAAAAAGCUUCACUCUCUCUUUUCCCUUUAACAUAUGAACACAGCAAAGAAGACAAAUCCUAGUAUCCUACUUUGACACCUACUUUUGUUUUGUUUUGUUUCACUUGGUCCCUGUCUCAGUUGUUCUGCUUGUCGUUUCAUUACACUAUGAGGCAAAUUAAGAAGUCAGGUUCCAAAUUAACGUAUUUUAUGGUCUGGUGUUUUCUGGCUUUGAAUUGCUUUCAAGAGUUUGGAUCCGACGCUCAACUCAUACCACAAGAUGAAGUGAAAGCUCUACAAGCAAUAUCGGAUAAACUAAAGAACGUGAAUUGGAAAGUGGCAGAACGUUCCUGCAUUGAGCUUGACGGAGGCUUUAAUAAUAACAAUAACAAUAUAAGUGAUGAAUUUGUGAGGAAUGUCACUUGCGAUUGCACUUUCCAAAAUAACACCGUUUGCCAUAUUACUAGCAUCUUUCUAAAGGGUCAAAAUAUAUCUGGAGUUAUGCCCAGUGAAUUUGGAAAUCUUACUCAAUUAAAAGUACUCGAUCUUACUCGCAACUAUCUCAAUGGCUCAAUUCCAACGAGUUUUGCUACCAACUCGCUAGUUGUUUUGUCACUUUUAGGAAACCGAUUAAGUGGUCCAAUUCCCAAAGAAAUUGGUGAUAUUGCUAGCUUGGAGGAUCUGGUCCUAGAAAAUAAUCAACUAGGAGGACCACUUCCUCCUAGUCUUGGAAAUUUGAGCAAGUUGAAGAGACUACUUCUUUCUUCAAAUAAUUUUACUGGGACAAUACCUGAAACAUUUAGCAAAUUAAAGAAUCUCACUGACUUUAGGAUUGAUGGAAGCAGUUUAUCUGGACAGAUACCUAAUUUUAUUGGGAAUUGGACCAAACUUGACAGAUUGGAUAUGCAGGGAAUAUCUAUGCAAGGUCCAAUUCCCCGCACCAUAUCUGAGUUAAAACUUUUGACUGAAUUGAGAGUAACCGAUUUGAAUGGACCAACUAUGACAUUUCCUAAUUUGAAGGAUUUGAAAAACUUGCAACUACUGGAGUUGAGAAAUUGCCUAAUCACAGGUCCUAUUCCUGAUUACAUUGGUGAAAUGACAAACUUAAUUACUUUAGAUCUAAGCUUCAAUAUGUUGACUGGUUCAAUCCCAAAUUCAAUUCAAGGAUUGAGAAGUCUAGAUUACAUGUUUCUUACUAAUAAUUCUUUGACUGGACCGAUUCAAGACUGGAUACUGAACUUCAAAAUUAACAUAGAUUUAUCUUACAACAAUUUCACAAAGUCAUCUGCAACUAGCUGCCAGCAGUUGAAUCUGAACUUGGCUUCAAGCCAUUCUUCUUUGGCUGUCACUUCACCUUCAACGUUGUGUUUGAAGAGGAGUCUUCCUUGUGCAGGAAAACCCCAGUAUUAUUCAUUGUUCAUAAAUUGUGGAGGUCCUGAAGAGGAUUUUGAGGGAAAUCACUAUGUAGGAGACCUGCAGAAUGAUGGCAUUUCAAACUUUGAUCUCAGAAAUGCAGGACAAUGGGCUUUUAGCAGCACAGGAGAGUAUAUGGGAAAAGUUGAUGCAGAUUAUACAGCAUCAAAUGCAUUUUCAUUGAAUAUUAGUGGUCCAGAUUAUUAUCAAACCGCCCGAAUUUCCCCUCUAUCACUUAACUACUAUGGCCUUUGUAUGUUAAAUGGAAAUUAUAAAGUGAAGCUGCAUUUUGCUGAGAUAAUGUUUUCUGAUGACCAGACUUUUAGCAGUCUUGGAAGACGCAUAUUUGACGUUUCAAUUCAAGGUUUUAAAUAUUUGAAAGAUUUUAACAUUAUGGAAGAAGCUGGUGGAGUUGGAAAGGGAAUCACUAAGGAAUUCGAUGUCGAUGUCAACGACAACACCUUGGAAAUUCACUUGUACUGGGCAGGGAAAGGAACCACUGCCAUUCCUGAUAUAAGUGUAUAUGGACCUCUUAUAUCUGCUAUCACAGUUACACCAAACUUUAAAAAUCAUUCAGGAGGACUGUCUGCUGGAGCCAUUGUUGGAAUUGUGGCUGCAUCAUGUGUUCUUGUCAUGCUGAUAUUGGCUACCCUUUGGGAGAUGGGUUUGUUUGGCCAAAAAGAUACUGCAGACAAAGACCUUCUUGAUCUUAAAACAGGUUAUUUCAGCUUAAGACAAAUUAAAGCAGCCACUAAUGACUUCGACCCUGCAAAUAAGAUUGGUGAAGGGGGAUUUGGGCCAGUAUACAAGGGUGUUCUAUCAGAUGGUUAUGUCAUUGCUGUUAAGCAACUCUCCUCCAAAUCAAGGCAAGGGAACCGUGAAUUUGUUAACGAAAUCGGAUUGAUAUCUGCUUUGCAGCAUCCAAAUCUUGUUAAGCUUUAUGGCUGUUGCAUUGAAGAAAAACAGUUGCUGCUGAUAUAUGAAUACAUGGAGAACAAUUGUCUUGGUCGUGCACUUUUUGGUCAUCAAGGACAGAAGCUGCAAUUAGACUGGCCUACAAGAAUGAAGAUCUGUCUUGGUAUAGCAAAAGGAUUAGCUUAUCUUCAUGAAGAAUCACCAUUGAAAAUAGUACACAGAGACAUUAAGGCAACUAAUGUAUUACUUGACAAGGAUCUGAGUGCCAAGAUCUCUGAUUUUGGUUUAGCCAAGCUUGAUGAAGAAGGGAAUACACAUAUUAGUACACGGAUAGCAGGAACAAUUGGAUACAUGGCUCCAGAAUAUGCUAUGCGGGGUUACUUGACUGAUAAGGCAGAUGUAUAUAGUUUUGGAGUUGUAGCUUUGGAGAUCGUUAGCGGAAAAAGCAACACAGAUUACAUGCCAAAGGAGGAGUUUAUAUAUCUUCUAGAUUGGGCCUUUGUUCUUCAAGAGCAAGGGAAGCUUUUGGAGUUGGUGGAUCCAAGUCUUGAUUCAAGAUACUCCCAAAAGGAGGCCAUGAGAAUGCUGAAUUUGGCAUUGUUAUGCACCAACAAAUCUUCCACUCAUAGGCCAUCCAUGUCAUUGGUAGUAAGCAUGCUUGAAGGAAAAACUCCAAUCCAAGCGCCGGUAAUCAAGCGCGGUGAGAGCGGCAGACACUCAAGAUACAAAGCCUCUGAGUUGCUGUCACAAGAUACCCAACCUCUUGUUUCCUCAUUAUCACACAGAAGCAUAGAACAAAGAGACGAAUCGAUUCACUCUUCCAUAUCUCUUCAAAGUGAACAAGAAUUUUCUUCAAGUAGAAAACUUCCUUGAGAUUCACAUGAUGUGUUGACAGAGCACAUUAAACUUCCCGUUCUUUUUUUAUGGUGGUAGAUAUAUAGUGUAUAAACUGCAGCAUGAUAGAAUAUAGUCAAUGUCAGUGUGUGUUUAGUUAUCCGGUCAUACAAAUUAAUUUUGACUGAAUUGGUUUUAUAAAAUUAAUUUCAGUUAAAAUCAAA